ACUAAGCCUUCUGGAUUCCUGCAAUAUGCAACUGCUGGCAUAUAAUGCUGAAUAUAGUGUUACUCACAGUUUUUGUAAGACAGCUGUGUUUAACAUGAACAAUUCCUUGGUAGAUGUUUUUUCAAGUGAGCUUCCGGAUCUCUGGUAUUGUUUGAUCUGAAUGCAGGUUGGCAGUUCAAAUACAGUUGUGGAGAAAUUAUCUUGGAGGCUCUGUUAAACAAGCACACAAGAGAGCAGGAGCUCAUGGCUGUGGAAAGCUUUGCAGGACAUGCAGUCUGGUAUCUCAAGGUGCUCUGCCACAUGAAAUGUGGGACUCGUUUGGUGAAGCCACAAGGAGCUGUGUUGGGAAGAGCUUUCUGUGGUUCCAUAGGCAUGGCCUGUAAUGAUUAACCAGAGCUGGCAGGGUAUUUAGGGGCACCUCAGCUGACCUUGUGAUCUGGCUUAACAGCAUAGUUAUGGCAUCACAGAGACCUCAGUGUGGGCUGAGGGGAGUUACUUAGUCCACAGUGAGCUCUGAGAUGCUGUGAACAGCUCCUGCUGCUUCAGUUUACAUUCUUUGCAACUAUUGUACAUAUUUCUGUUGCUGAUAUAAUAAGUUCAUCUUGCCACUUCAGAUGUUACUUACGAUGGUUCCUGUUUACUUCGGAUAUAUUUUUUCUUCCUUUUGAGUAGGAUUCAUUUCUUUCAACUGAGCUAAUGAUUUCUUGAUGAAAAUUGGCCUUGGGUUCUUACUUGUUUGCUUAUUCUUUUCUCACCUGUUUUACUGGAUAUGAUUGUGCUUAUGAUGUUUCUUCUGUUAGUGGCAGAGUAAGAUAGACCAGUCAAAAUACUGCCUUAUCUGUUUUCCAGUGUCUCUGGUACACAGGUAGGCUUUUAUGGCAGGGGUAAUAAUCUUUGCCUGAAGAACUCAAGAGCCAAAUUCUUAGGAUGACCAGUUAUAUAGGACCCUCUAAUUAUUUUGCUGUAGUGAACAUCUUGGGAAUGAUUAAGGAUGCAUGUUCUGUUUAAGGAUAUUCUUCAACUUGUGAAGGCCAGUUUUUAAUAGCUUUUAGAAAUCAGUGUUAAUGUAAUAAUAUUCUUGGACUGAAAUUUGUGUCAUUGAUACAGAAGAAGGAAAAAUGUUGCAAAGACAAGAUACUAAGCAGCCCUUACUGAUUUUUUUUGGGCAUUACAUAAUAGGGGAGCAGAUGUCUUUUAAGCAAUUUUGCCAAGGAAGAUUACAGUCUGCCAGCAUUGUCUUUCAGGCUUUGGAGACAGCAAGAGCUGACAACUGUUUAGAUAAGGAAGGACAUACUUUUUCUGUAUUCUGGGUGCUGGUGAGUGUUGUCCUAGGUGCAAUAGCCAUGCUGUGCAAAGAACAAGGAAUUACAAUACUGGGUUUGAAUGCAGUGUUUGAUGCACUGGUGAUUAACAAGAUAAAUCUUUUGGAGCUCAUUCGAAAGUUACUGUAUAAGGACAAGUCACUGGAGAAUGCUGGGCUCUUAAGGAAGGGGCUGCUUUUCAGGAUAACUCUUUUGAUGUGUGGAGGGGCCGGAAUACUUUAUAUCCGCUGGAGGAUUAUGGGCACGGGGCCACCAGCUUUCACUGAAGUAGAUAACCCAGCUUCAUUUGCUGACAGUCUGUUUGUAAGAGCUAUAAACUAUAAUUACUACUAUUCACUGAAUGCAUGGUUGCUGUUGUGUCCCUGGUGGCUGUGUUUUGAUUGGUCAAUGGGCUGCAUACCCCUCAUUAAAUCCGUCAGCGACUGGAGGAUAAUUGCACUAGCAGCACUUUGGUUCUGCCUAAUUGGUCUGAUAUGCCAAGCUCUGUGCUCAGAAGACAGCCAUAAGAGAAGAAUCCUUACACUGGGACUUGGAUUUCUUAUUAUUCCUUUUCUUCCUGCAAGUAAUCUCUUCUUCCGAGUAGGAUUUGUUGUUGCAGAGAGAGUCAUCUACCUCCCCAGUAUUGGAUAUUGUAUUCUCUUUACAUAUGGAUUUAGUCUCUUGAGUAAGCAAGCCAAGAAAAAGAAAAUUCUUGCUGUGGCAGUACUUGGAAUCUUGUUGAUAAAUGUUAUGCGCUGUGCGCUCCGCAGCAGCCAGUGGAGGUCAGAAGAACAGCUUUUUAGGAGUGCGUUGUCUGUGUGCCCUCUGAAUGCAAAAGUGCACUACAAUGUUGGCAAAAACCUGGCUGACAAAGGAAAUCAAAGUGCUGCAAUCAAAUACUACAGAGAAGCUGUAAGGUUGAACCCAAAAUAUGUGCAUGCCAUGAACAACCUUGGAAAUAUUCUCAAAGAAAGAAAUGAGCUCCAUGAAGCAGAGGAGUUGCUGUCCUUAGCUGUACAGAUACAACCUGAUUUUGCUGCUGCAUGGAUGAAUCUUGGAAUAGUGCAGAACAGUUUAAGAAGGUUUGAAGAGGCAGAGCAAAGCUACUGGACAGCAAUUAAACACAGAAAAAAAUAUCCAGAUUGUUACUACAAUUUAGGGCGGUUGUAUGCAGAUUUGAAUCGCCAUAUAGAUGCAUUGAAUGCCUGGAGGAAUGCUACAGUCCUGAAACCAGAGCACAGUCUGGCCUGGAACAAUAUGAUAAUAUUGCUUGAUAACACAGGCAAUCUAGCUCAAGCAGAAGCAGUUGGAAGAGAAGCCCUGGAAUUAAUACCUAAUGAUCAUUCCCUUAUGUUUUCCUUGGCUAAUGUACUGGGGAAAUCACAAAAGUAUAAGGAAUCUGAAGCUUUGUUCCUCAAGGCAAUUAAAGCCAAUCCAAAUGCUGCCAGUUAUCACGGUAAUUUGGCUGUGCUUUAUCAUCGCUGGGGAAACCUUGACUUGGCGAAGAAGCACUAUGAAGUCUCUCUGAAGCUUGAUCCCAUGGCACCGGGAACCAAGGAGAACUACAACCUCUUAAGAAGAAAACUGGAGCAGUUGCAAAAGAAAGGCGGUGCCUGAUGCUCCUUUUCAGGUUGCCCGUGCAUGCUGUUUACGGCUGCUGUUACAUGGGUACUUUUGACCAUGUACAGGCUUCAGUCAUCAUUUCUCAAAAACAACACCACCAGCACCGCACACUUGAAUGUCCAGUUUUGCCCUCCUACAGAUCCUAACAUUUCAGCUUGAGGGAUCGCUUUAUUUUUACUUGAACUGCUUUUAAAGUCCAUUAGAACAUUUUUAUAGGUAUAUGAAAGCAAUGCAGAUGGAAUUUCACAGCAUACAUGUGUAAUUUGAUGUCUUCAUCUGACUUUUUAGUAGCGGGAUGAAUAGCAGGAGGCAGUUUUAUUUCUGAAAGUGAUACUUAAAAGUGCAAUUUCCUGUUUAAAUCCUUAUCUUUUCAAGUAUGAAAAAUAUCUGUCCACUUCAGUUUUAUUACUGCCUUCCAGUGCCAGUCCUGCAGAGCCAGUGGAAGAAAGAAUUCUCUCCAGCACAUCAGUCUACUCAUAUAAUUUGAGUUAAGCCCUUUUGCUCAUUUCUCUCUCCAGCCUGUGAAGUGUCAGAUUUGUACAGGAGUAAAUAAGGGCAAGGAUUUGACCAUAAAUGUCUGUCAGCCAGUGUACUGCUCAAGUAUGCCUGAGUGUAGAAAAUACUGUUGGAUGAAGACGGAGAUUUUAGCAAGCCGCUAAUGAAAAGAAGGUGAGGCAACAGAGGAGUCAGGUAGAGUUUCUGUUCUCACAGGCAGCCUCAUCUACCACAAUCAACAUGGACAAGUCAGAAUUGCUGUAGCUCCUGUGGCAGGUCAGUGGUUUAAAUACAGUAUAGUGUCUGUAGAAGCUAAUUGCUGUGUUCCCAGGCAAUUCAGUGCUUUUUGGUUAAGGAUACUGCACCUUUCAGCUCCUAUAUUCCUUCGGAAUAAAGAGAGAAUUUCUGUGGAGCAGUAACUGUGCAGGAGACCUGACCUUGGCUGUUGAUCUGUUACCUGAAAGAACUUGGCUUCACCUUUGUCUCCCAUGGCUCGUGUGUUUGCUGAAGGGACAGAUAAAUAAGCAUAGCUGUUAAUGCAUAAACUGAGCACAUCAAUGUGAGAUGAUUCAGAGGUGGUUUAUGUUGAUACCAUGUUACCUCUUAAAAGGGGCUAUGCUUUAAUACACAUUUGAACUCUGGCUGUCCAGAGUUGUUUGUCAUGUAGUAUAUAUUUACAUUCCUGCUUCAGGAAGUAGUAACAUGUCUGUUUAUUUGCUGGUGGUUGGUUUUUCAAGUUUCUUUGGGGUUUUUUGAGAUGUUUAGUUUUGUUUAUUUGUGUAAGAUUGGAAGUUUGCUAUUGGGUAUGAAAGCUGGGGAACUUUACCUGUCUCUCCAUAUUUCUUUAUUCUUGCCAUCCAUGUCCCUUGGGAGAAAUUGAUCAGCACAGUAUGAUCAAAGCUUGCUCAGGUACUACAAGUCAUGCAGGUACUUUAGUGUACUAUUUUUGCCACACUAACUGUAGAUCUAGCCAGCAAGGCUGUUGCAGUGUGGUGCUGUCCACAAAUUUGGCUUUGAACAAACAUGGCUACAUACUGGUUUGUUUUAGUUGUGGUGCCACAGGCAUGCAUGUGUGCUCCUCUCCUACAAAUAUAGCCUGUUUCUCAGUGGGUUUCUCAGUGGGUAACAUAGGGUACAAAGCCGUGGCAAUUAUUUCCAUUUCUUCUGGUUUCUGUACAAAGUUUUCAGAAAUUUUUUUCUGAAUAUGAUCCAAGCAUGCUCUUUGAUAAGUAUCUGGCAAGCAGAACACUGCACCAGUAUGGCUAAUGAUCAGCCUAGCUUAGUACCAGCUUUUGUAUCUGAAAGGUGCUGAAAUAGAUACACCCUUCAGUACAAGCAACAUGUUCUUAAGGCUUUCCAUACAUAGCCUACUAUUCAUCAGAGAGAGAAAACACAAAGCUUCUUCAGUCAUGAGGAAUUAAAGAGUAGGGAUCUGCCUGGAUGAGCUAAUUUAUAGCAAAAGAUAAAUAUGUUUACUAUAAUCAGGUCUUUUCUGUAUAUUUGGAAUAUGACAUCCUGAGUUUAAAUUAUUAUUCUCAUCAUAAAAUCCACAUGUGUAGUUUUCCCUGUUGUCUUCCAUAUCAGCUUUAAAGACAUCCACUAGAUCAAUAUUAUGUAUGAGGGAUGAAUUUUUUCUAGGUCAUUAUAAACCAAAGUUGUAGAAAUUCCUCUGUGGAAGUCCUUCUAUUCAAAGUCUUAAGACAGAAGAGACCAACAAACAAAUUGGAUGUUUUGUUAGUAUUUGAAAAUGGUCUUUACUUCUCAGUACAGACAAGAUAAUUUUUUCUUGAUUAGCUUUCUGAUUACCUGUACAUAUUUUUUUUUUGUUUUAUAUAAUAUUUACUGCUAUAGAAAUUCAAUGUGAUUACUUGUAUGAUGGUAAUAUGAAGCAUACCCAUAUGUCUGAGUUUAAUGUUGAGGCAGAAUUGUGUUUGAAAGAAGCCACAAAGAUGACUGCUUUUGUAAUAAAAUCUUCCUUAAGACUUUUAAGAAUACUAAAUAUUUUUUUACUUUAUUUUCAGAAAUAUUUUGAAAGUGCAAACAGUGCAGUGGCUUUUAUUAAAAUGGUUAUAAUGUUAACCUUUUUAUUGGUUUUUCAUACCUCAUAACUGACUCCUGGAACAGUGCAGAACACUAAACUUCAAAGAAAAAAAUGUGAAGAAGAAGUCGGCUUGUACAUAACUGUAGUUAUUGCCUAUCUUUCCUGGAUUUUUUUUUUCCCGUUGCUAAUUCCAGAAGAUUAAAGUUUCCUUAUCAGUUGGCCUGUUUGAUUCUCUAGGGAAAUUACAAAGCCUUUUUUCUUCUUCUUCUUCUUCUUCUUCUUCUUCUUUUUUCUUUUUUUUUUUUUUUUUGAGAAUGAUUACUUGUUCAAAUACAGUUCUGAGAAGAGAAACAGAAUGACUUAAUGCACAGACUGGAGUCAGGAAAAUAAUCACAAUGACUGCUAUGGAUAUUAGUCUCUUUUCACCAAAAACUUCCAGUGAAGGUCCGUAAUUGUAUGUCUCUGUUGUCUCUAGACCAAUGACAUGUACAUGAAGUUUCCUGUUAUUUAAUUUCAUACUAUUUAAACUUUAGAGAUGUGGGUUGUGUGUGUGUUUAUGGGCACUAAGAAAUAAAAAUCUAUAAUACUUUUGAA